AUGAAAUUAUCACAUAUUAAGCUAAUAUGGAACAUAAAUACAGUAUGGAACACUCGCCGCGCUGUCAGAAUAUUAGAUGGGCCGAACAGGGUAGCGAUGCAUGCGCGACGGCACUGGGCCAGUGCAGGUAUCGCAGCAGGACCAGAAUUUUGCAUUCUAGACUCGUGCAGCAUCCACCCAAACCACCAGGAACCGCGAGUGAUCAUUGUGGGAGCUGGCAUGGCGGGACUUUCUGCUGCACAUCGCCUCACACAGUGUGGAAUACGUAAUUUCAUCAUUUUAGAGGCUAAAGAAAGACCAGGCGGCAGAAUACAUUCUUGUUGGCUUGGAGAUUCAGUAAUUGAGAUGGGUGCAGAAUGGAUUUUUGGUGCUUGUUUACCAAACUCAGUUUACACUCUGGCAUCACAAGACAGGCUUCUUCAAUCACCUUUGCCUCGCUUGGAUGCCUCCCGGGGCUUAUUUUGUACCAGCGAAGGACGUGCAGUUGACUUACCUGUGACAAUUACGGCUUAUCAUACUUUCAGGCAAAUAGAACAACAAGCAGCAAACUUGUUUAGACUCGGUGGAGAACGAAGGCAUGGAACUUUACUUAACUUUAUAGGUUUGCGUAUACAGCAAGAAUUAUUUAAUUUUCCAGAGGAUCAGAGGUAUGAUGCUGCUCGAGUCAUGUUCGGACUGACUAACAUUUUAAGAAACAGGUGUGGAGAUGAUUUGUCACUUGUAAGUGCAGAUCAGUACGGCAGUUAUAUUGAGUUACCUGGCGGUAGCGUACGAGUUCCAUUAGGCUAUGUUGGAGUAAUGGCACCACUAUUACGCGAGCUUCCAGACAACUGUAUACGAUACCAAAAACCAGUAAAUGUCAUUCGGUGGGGUCACGGACAAACGGGAUCGGGCCGUGUGCUAGUCAAAUGUUGUGACGGGGAAGAGCUGUUUGGUGACUACGUCAUACUUACGCUGUCUCUCGGGUGUCUAAAAUGUCAGGCGGAUAAACUAUUUGCUCCUCCGUUGCCUGUUUGUAAAUUAGAUGCAAUUUGUAAUCUAGGGUUUGGUCUCAGCGACAAAGUAUUUCUUGAAUAUUCUGAACCAUUUUGGGCGUGCCACGAGGGUAAUUUAAAAUUAGCAUGGUCAGCAGAAGAAUUACAAUCGAGAAAUGAUUGGACACGAGGCGUGUGUGCAAUCGAUGAACUGCCUGGCAGUAAACACGUAUUAUGCGCACUAAUAUCAGGUCAAGAAGCUGCUGUAAUGGAAUCAAUGGCAGAGAAUGACGUUGCCGAAGGCUUGACACGAUUACUUCGAAAAUUUACGGGUAAUCCGUGCCUACCCUACCCGCAAAUGAUGUUACGGUCUAAAUGGGCGGCGGAUCCACACUUUUGCGGAUCUUACUCCUAUAUGGGUUGCUGUUCAACGGUGAGUCAUCAGUGUGAAUUGGGCACGCCAGUGCCUGGUCCGUGCGAUUCAACUCCUCCAAUUCUACUUUUUGCUGGAGAAGCUACAGUACCCGGAUACUUCGCAACAGUACAUGGGGCGCGGCUUAGUGGUAUUCGUGAAGCCGAACGCAUUAUUUUAUUAACAAAAAAGUUCGAAGGUCCUCCAAAAACAUAA